UCACUUCGGCGGCGCCAGCGCCCGCGCGAUCUCGGACGUCGGGCCGGAGCGGCGCGCGACGUCGACCCAGUGGCGCACGAAGCGGUCGGCGCCGGGGCUGGUCUCGGCCAUGCGCGAGAGCAGCGUGCGCACGUCGGCGCCGAGCGCGGCGAGCUGCGCCUCGAGCUCGCGCACGCGCCGCUCGCGCCGCUGCUGCAGGAGCGCCUGCUGCUGCUGCUGCUGCUGCUGCUGGCGCUGGCGGGCCGCGCCGUCGCCGCCGUCGCCGUCGUUGGUGCUGGGCGCUGCGGGCGCGGGCGCGGGCGCGGGUGCGGGUGCGGGUGCGGGCGCGAAGGGGUUCGCGAGCGCGCACCCGCCCAUCGGCGUGUCGCCGUCGGCGUCGAGCUGUGUGCUCGCGGUGCUCGCGGCGCUCGGCCGCCGGCAGUCGUCGUCGUAGUGGUGGUGGUGCUCGUGGUGGUGGUAGUGCGCGUGCUGCGGCUCGUCCGCGUGCUGCCAGUCCGCGUGCUGGUGGUGCUGGUGCUGGUGGUGCUGCCGCUGCGGGAAGUCCCGCUGCUGCUGGUGGUGCUGCGGCCUACGCGGCACCGACGGCGGCAGCGGCUGUUGCUGCGGCGGCGGCACGGGCUGGGGUUGCGCCGCCGCCGCCGGCUGGCGUCGCCCCGGCUGCUGGCCCCGGUCCCGGUGGUAGUUCGGGUUGUAGUUCUCCGGCCUGCCUUGGUACCGCGGGUUCAUCCCGCUGGCGCCCGGCCCACGGUGAUGACUGUUGUUGCUGCUGUUGUUGAAUCCGUCGCUGUUGCUGUUGGGGAAUCGGUCAUCGUCGUAAUUCCCACUGAAUCUGUCGUUGUUGCCCCCGUUCUCGCCGAAGAAGGGCCCAGGAUUCGGAAAGCUGCCGCCGCCGCCGCCGCCGUUGUUAAACGGAUUGCUGUUCCCAUUAUCGUUGCCUCUGAAGCCGCCGCCGCCGCCGCCGCCGCCGCCUCCGUUUCCGUUUCCAUGCCUAUUUCUAUUAGACCUACCGCGUCUGCCGCCGUUGCGGAACCCGUCUCCCUCUCCAAACCCAUUCCCACCUUCAAACCCGGCGUCGGAAUCGAAAUCCACACUAGGAGGGCCGCGAUUGUAGCCCCCUCGGUUCCGAUGUUUGCGGAUGCCACCACCGUGCGACAUUUUCCGUGUAUGAUGUUGUUGUCGCCCGUCGGAUACCUAACGAGGAUGCUUUGAAAAAGUCGAUGCCGUCCUAAGAUACCACACCCCAGCCAGUCGGUGUUAGUUCGGGUGACUCGAGGCGAGGCGAUGCAUAUGAGCCGGCAGGCAAGGUAUUACGACGGGUGAACGGAACCAAAGAUCGUGUGCUGUCUUGAUUCGGUCCUGAGACGAUAUUUGCAAUCGAACCCCUUAUGUGCUGGAUGCUAGCCUUUAUCCUACCUCGAGCAGUGCCUUCUAAGCUAUUGAAGCACAAUAAAGUCUUUGUUUACGACAAAGCCCUUUGAACACAUCUCCCUGUCCUCCCGGCUUAGAACACUGAGCUCACUGCGUGCAUUGUCUUGUCAUGGCAUAACGGACAAGUUGAUGGCUACGAAUCGCCUCGUACGAAACAGGGGGGGGGU